AUGUCUUUCGGAAAGAUUUACAGCUACAGCGGUAACCCGCGCACCACCUCCCUCCUUGCGGUCGCAAAGGAGAACGGUCUCGACAUCGAGUUUGUCGACACCGAGCCCGCCAAGGGCGUCUCUGAGCAGUACCUGAAGCUCAACAAGCUCGGAAAGGUCCCCACCUUCGAGGGUGCCGAUGGCUUCGUUCUCUCCGAGACCAUUGCCAUCGCUGUCUACCUCGCUUCCCAGAACGAGAAGACCAGCCUCCUUGGCAAGACCAAGCAGGACUACGCCACCAUCCUCCGCUGGAUGUCCUUCGUCAACACUGAGGUCCUCACUCCCCUCGGUGGUUGGUUCCGCCCCAUCGUCGGCCGUGACCCCUACAACAAGAAGAACGUCGACGACGCACAGAAGGCUGCCACCAAGGCCGUCCACGUCCUCGAGGAGCACCUUCUUACCCACACCUACCUCGUCGGUGAGCGUCUGACUCUUGCCGAUCUGUUCGCCACCAGCAUCAUUGCCCGUGGCUUCCAGUACUUCUUCGACAAGGCGUGGAGGUCCGAGAACCCCAACGUCACUCGCUGGUACGAGACCGUCUACAACACCCCCAGCUACUCGGCUGUUGCUGGCAAGCUCGAGUUCAUCGAGGAGGCCAUCAAGAACCAGCCCCCCAAGAAGGAGGCUGCCCCCAAGGCUGAGAAGCCCAAGGCUGCCCCCAAGCCCAAGGCCGCUGAGCCUGAGGAGGAGGACGAGGCCCCCGCUGCCCCCAAGGCCAAGCACCCUCUUGAGGCCCUUGGUCGCCCCACCUUCGUCCUUGACGACUGGAAGCGCAAGUACUCCAACGAGGAGACCCGCGAGGUUGCCCUUCCCUGGUUCUGGGAGAACGUCAACUUCGAGGAGUACUCGCUCUGGACCGUUGACUACAAGUACAACGACGAGCUUACCCUCACCUUCAUGACCUCCAACUUGAUUGGUGGUUUCUUCGCCCGUCUUGAGGCUUCCCGCAAGUACAUCUUCGGCUGCACAUCCGUCUACGGCGAGUCCAAUAACUCCAUCAUCAAGGGUGCUUUCCUUGUCCGUGGCCAGGAGGCUCUCCCUGCUUUCGAGGUCGCUCCCGACGUCGAGUCCUACGAGUUCUCCAAGCUUGACCCCACCAAUGCUGAGCACCGCAAGUUUGUCGAGGACCAGUGGUCCUGGGACAAGCCCAUUGAGGUUGACGGCAAGUCCUACGAGUGGGCCGACGGCAAGGUUAUCUGUCUGGGUGCUGGAGGCGGUCCAACCGAGGACAACGUAACCGGCUUUCUUGUACGUUCAACAGCCACUAAGUGGUCUAAGAACUCGGUCCUGGCUGUCGAUGCUGGUUCACACCUCGCGUCCAUCACUCGAAUUCUCGAACGACACUUUCCGCUUGUCUCAGAGCUGCAGCCCUCGUCUCCGCCGAAAGUGGAUAGCAUUCAUGGCGGUGGAGCUCUACUCCACGAUGUCGGAACAUCGCCAACAACCGGACAUAUGAAUAUGUCGGAUGAUGACUCCGGGGUUGAAACGCCAUUUUCGGAGAGCGACAUGCCAUUCGAGAUCACGACGCUGUUGGAGGGAGCGUUUGCUGGCUUACCCUUCCCAAAUGCGAGUGCUAGAGCAAACGCGCUGCACGUCGUGAGAGAGCAUAUCUCAACGUAUCUCAUUACACAUCCACAUCUGGACCACUUGUCUGGUUUUGUCAUCAACACCGCGGCUUUCCACAACACAUCGCGUCCAAAGAGGUUAGCAGCCUUGCCAUUUACAGUUCACGCCAUUAAGACGCAUAUCUUUAACAACAUCAUCUGGCCCAACCUGACAGAUGAAGACGGGGGAGUCGGUCUCGUUUCAUUCCAACGACUCGCUGAAGGCGGUAACAUCGCUCUGGGCCAGGGCAAAGGACGAGGCUACAUUGAGGUCUGCGAUGGCCUGGGCGUGAAAGGGUUCAAGGUCAGUCACGGUCACUGUAUGCAAGGUCCAGGGCAUGUGCACCGUGGUUCGAACGCAGAAGUUCAGGAAACACCAGGGUUGCAGCACACAUCUGCGCCUGUACACCAAGGGGAAACCCGAGAGGGACGUGCACAUAGCUUCUCGAUGCCGGUACCGCACAGUCAGCCAGGAACUCCAGGGUUGGCCUCGCUCGGCGCUGAGCAGGGCCGAAGAUCAAGUCAUGCCGCCUCGAACAACAUACCGGCUGAUCAGUGUGUCGUGGAUUCAUCGGCAUUCUUCAUACGCGCCGAAUCCACAAUAACCACACCAACAAAGGAGAUCCUCAUCUUCGGGGAUGUCGAGCCAGAUUCAUUAUCCCUUUCACCUCGCACAGGAUACAUCUGGGCUGAAGCAGCCCCAAAGAUCGCCGCUGGUAUUCUCACUGGGAUUUUCAUUGAAUGCAGCUAUACCGAUUCCCAGGCGGAUGCUGUGUUAUUCGGACAUCUCGCACCACGACACUUGCUUGCUGAACUUAAAAACCUUGCCGACGUGGUUAAAGUUGCACGUAAAGAGUAUGAACAGGCGCGCGAGGCAGCGCGUCAGGGCCGCAAGCGCAAACGCAUGAGCCGCGACCUGCUCGAAGGGCCUAUCAAGUCUCGCACCUGGCACGCGGGUGUAAAAGGCGUCGACACGCCACUCUCAAGCACAUACGGACCAUAUCACGUCGACGACGAUCUAAUGACGGACUUCAGUAAUACACCCACGGGAACGCACACACCUAAUCACCACCAUCUGGCACCCAAGACUGAAGGCCCGCCGCAGAACCCGCAGGCCUCACACCCUUCGGCGCCCCCAGAGCUGAAGCUAAACAGCGUCAGCGCGGAGCAUAACCGCGCGCUGGUCUCGGCGGCAUUUGAGCCGCCGCUCAAGGGGCUCAAAGUCGUCGUCAUACACGUCAAGGACACGUGCGAAGACGGUCCGCUCGUGGGCGACACCAUCCUCCGACAGUUACAAGAAGGUGAGGCAAAACUCAAAGAAGAGGGCAAGGCGUUGGGGUGUAGUUUUGAGGUUUGUAAAGGCGGCGACGCUUAUUGGUUUUGA